GUCGUCGUGUCCCAUGUGCGUCCUCCUAGGUGCACGGUGGCUAUCGUUACUUGGCCAAACGAUCGUAUUGGUGAUGCCUCCAGGGGUAUAUAUACGACGAGCGCUGCGGGGCUUGAUAAACACUUGCCCAUCAGCGAUUACUGCUGCAGCAUGUAUACGUCACUGGUAGUCGUGAUCGCACUGGCAAGCUGCGUGGCAGCUGCCCCAGCGGAGGACGUGAUACCAAUUGUCAGCCAAAGUCAAGAGGGUCCAAAUCCGGACGGCUCGUACAAAUGGAGCUACGAGUCCGGCAAUGGGAUCAAAGCGCAAGAGGAGGGUCAUCUGGAGAACGCUGGCCAAGAGAACGAGGCGAUGAACGCUCAGGGUAGCUUCAGUUAUCCGAGCGACGACGGUCAACAAAUCUCGUUGACGUAUGUUGCGAACGAGGAAGGUUUCCAACCACAGGGCGCUCACCUACCCACUACACCAGAAAUACCGCCGCUCAUUCAAAAGGCGCUCGAAUGGAUAGCGGCGCACCCAAGCAAGGAGGACCAGAAUCAGGUAUAAAGGAUGAGACGUGUACCGUCAGUGAUCUCAAAACGAGCUACGUUCAAUUUUCUUCUAACGUGAAUUACGAUGAAUCGCCCCGUCGUCACCUCUUGCAGUCCAAGCUCUAACGAAACGCGUACUACUCUGGUUCAAUCUGUUGUAAAUAUUUAUUGUAUACUUUUACGGACGUAUAUGUGUAUUGUAUAUCGAUAUAUUAUAUCGUAUUAUAUAUGUAUCGUGUAUUGUAACACAUGCAGACGCGAGUAUGUACCACGGGCAGCGAACAUGUACACAAUCGUUGCCAGGUACGUACACAUUACGAUGCAUACGAAAUAAAUGUUGCAAUUCAACACA